GUUUGGCAGACCUGUAAACAUAUGAACAUGGCGACAGUCACUUCACCGGUAAAAGUUUCUCGAUUUCCUCAAUUAUUUCUAAAAAAUUUUCCGUUACUCAAGGUCUUUUAAAUUCUUUCACUCUAGAAUCGUCCGCCUCCUCAUUUACAAGGAAAUCUGGUUUUUCACAGCACUAGCAAGCUCGGAAUACCUCGUUCGAAGCGAGGUUUCUUUGUGGUAAGCAAAUGAACCGUUGCGUUAUGAAACUAAAAUAAACUUAAUAUCGAGGCUGUUUCCGGGUGUAAUAUGGCAUUUGUUGCUAAAAUCACUUAAAUCAAGUGAUAAACGGAUGAUCUAAACACACUUUUAAGAAGCUAUUAAACAUGAAAAUUAUUAGCUGUACAGUUGCGGGCAAGUUGUGCAAUUCUCUCAGCUACAGCUGUAUGUGUGAGAAAAUGAAACUGGUCAAAGUGACAUUUGAUCAAAGUUCAGUUUUGGCGUAAAGGUAAAGGCUAUUAUGAUCGAUACGUUUUCCUUAACUAAAUAAAGAAAACUGAUAGAUGAUUCUUUGUCUGCUCAAUGUAUACAUCUGCAGAGAAAACUGUUUAUCCAUGCGGCACUUUUUUGAUGCUGUGAUUACCUUAUAUUUCGUCCAUUGACAGCUUCUGGAGACAGUGAUAUAUCGAUAUGAUAGUGAGAGCAGUUAUUUUAAAAGACAGAGGUCAACGAAAGAGUUUGAAAUACGUCUAGAUGAGGUAAGGCCGAUAGCAAUAAAUGAAUAUUGUGCAUGUACAUGUAAAUAACUCAGAAUUAUUUUGUUGGCUCUCUACUCUCGAUUUAAAUGUUCUUAAAACAUAGCCAGUCUUAUCUUCUUAGGCCCGGUUCAAACGUCGAAUUUCACAUGUGCCGAACUUAACGUGAGAGUUAAAUGCAUGUGAAGUGCGACGUUUGAAUCAAUUAAAUUCGACUGUUUAAAUUAAAUGCGACGUUUGCCGUAUCUGCGACUGAAACAGUCGAAGAUUCGACUUAGGUUCGACUUUUGAUUCAAACGUCGCAUUUUACAUGUGCCGAACUUAAUGAAUGAAUUUUAGUAAAUUAUUAUUAUAUUACUGAGAAUAUUGACAGCGAAGAGAGUUAAAUUUGACAGAGUUCAGUGAGAUAAAUUCGACGUUUGAAUCAAAUGCCGUAUUUAACUAUUUUAAUCGACUCAAAUAGCAAUUAAAUUUGGCGCAUGUGAAAUUCGACGUUUGAACUGGGCCUUAUUGAUGCUGACAGUUUCGCAGUCAGAAGCUUAUUUAAGGCUUCUGACACUUUUAAUGUUUUUCAAGUUUUGAUAAAGAUGGCUGACAGUCAUCGAAACUGUCAGCAUCAAUAAGACGUUAAGACUCGCUAUGUUUUAAGAACAUUUAAAUCGACUGUUUAAGUUCACUAGCCUGAUUAAUUUCUUCAAGGCUCUCUACUCUGAUGGAGUUAAAAGAAAAAAGAAAAUAUGGAGACAUGUUUUAAAGUUUCCUGAUCACGACUCCUGACUUAUUAUAAACACUUGGACUUCGUUAGCUAACAAUAAAUUAUUAAUGCAUUGAGAUCAUAUAUGGUUUAUUUCAUAUACAUUUGUCGCAUUGAGAUCAUGUUAGCCCCGGUCAGGUAAACUAACGUAAAGGGCAAGACCAACAAAAAACUCACCACAAUCCUAGGACAUAAACCCAGGUUAGUGCUCUCACUACUAUGACUCCUUUGCUCCUUAAGGUAUUUGAGAUUAAUAAUAAUUAUUAUUCAUUCAAAAUAUUUCCCCUAUUCUGAUUAGCUAAAAGCACAUGCAUAAUUCACCAUAACCAGUUACUGAUGACCAAAUUUGGAAGAAUUUUGUGUUUAACGAGGAAAUGACCUCAAAAAUCAGAUCUCGGAGGAUGUUAUCCACCUUGGCCUUCAGCCUCGGUGGGAUAACACCCUCCUCGAUCUGCUUAAUUCUUCAUAUCCUACUCAGCCUCAUUCAUUAAUUGCUAAUUAGCUGGCUGCCAUUUAUACAGAAAUCAAGCAGCCGAUUUCAUUUGAAGUCUAAUCGAGCCCAUUAAGUUAUUUUGUUGUUGUACUCACUUGCAAAUUUAAUGUAAGAGAUUCAUUUUUUUUUUUGUUUUCCUGUACUGCACCAAUACCCCCUCCCCUCCUACCCUUCCACAACUGGUAGAUGGACAUUUGAGCCUGAAAUUGACUUUGUAAUUCUUGCUGUUUUUCUGUUUAUUAUAAUUGAGGUGUGUGAAAUCACAGAAGUUCUGUUCCCAAGUAAACAGUACAAGAAUUGCAGCUUCGGUGUGACUCUCAGUGAUUCAGAUACGGAAUAUGUUUUUUCAGCUGAGGUACUUAUCCGGCCACAUAUGCAGGUCUUUCCUAAGUGUUGCGCAGAUAGUGACAUAUCAAGCAGAAAAGUUUACCAAAAAAUUUUACCAGACCAUUCUGGUGAAAUUUUAACAUUACAAUAUUAACAGUACUAAAUCAGCAAGUAUUUAUGAAUUUACAUGUUGUCUCCAUUGCCUAUGCCUACUGAGUUGCUGAUUUUGGCAAAUCUUGGAUAAGUGGGCAUGGCUCUGUUUAAAAGGGGGCCAACAUUCCUUUAAUACAUCAGUUAAGGGAUCUCUCUGACUUUGACAUACAUUGUUAUGGUACUAGCAGUAGACCUAUAAACAAAUUAAUUGUCCAUAAUACUGACAAGGUGGCCCUUUGUUAUUGUAAAUGAAGUUGCUUAGUGGUAUAUUUAAUUAAGUUUAUUAACAAGGAAAUUUUACAAAGUGCUUAUAAUAAAACCAACCAUGGAUUUAUUUUGCUAUAUUAAUUGUCUUUUUCAAAUUUAACUUUAAAUUUAUGCUGUUUGCUUGUUAGUCCAGAGAAGAAAUGGAACGAUGGGUGCAUGGUCUCAGAAGAGCAAAGGAAUUUUGGGCGCAGCACUAUAGACGGGAGGAAGUCAAGCUAACGUUCAGACAGAACCUAACUCAUCUUAAUCAAACAUUUUUAGUGCAAAGUGAAGCACCAAAAUUGGUAAGGCAUAAUAAACUGACUUUGCUUAAUCCUUAAUAUUUGACUGGGCUGGCCAAAGGCUGGCCCAGUUCAUAAAAUACCUUUGAUUUUCUCUCCGGGGAGGGGGGGUAUUCCUGGCGAUUCGUGUGGGGGUGUGCCUGUCUGACUCUCGAAAUCCUGACCCUAUACCCUAUUUCAGACCAAUACCUAUAAGGCAAAUGUAAGGGAGUACCCCCGACCCCUCCAGGAUUGUUGUGUCAAAAAAUGAAUGCUACUAAUAAUUAACUUAGUAAUCGCCGGGGGGUGUUCCUGGGAAUUCGUGGUGGGGGUGUGUUGUUUGGCUGUCCAAAUCCUGACCUUAGACCUUAGAUCAGAUCAAUACCUACAAGGCAAAUGUAAGGGGCUACCCCCGUCCAGAAUUUGUGUGUCAAAAAAUGAAUGCUACUAGCUAGUAAUUAACUUAGUAAUCCCAUAGUGGUAUUCCUGAGAAUUCGUGGUGGGGGUGUGUUGUCUGGCUGUCCAGAUCCUGACCUUAGACCUUAUUUCAGAUCAAUACCUAUAAGGCAAAUGUAACGGAUUACCCCCUCCAGGAUUUUUGUGUCAAAAAAUAAAUGCUACUAAUAAUUAACUUAGUAAUCCUGGGGGAUAUUCCCGGGAAUUCGUGGUGGGGGUGUGUUGUCUGGCUGCCCAAAUCCUGACCUUAGACAUUAUUUCAGAUGAAUACCCAUAAGGCAAAUGUAAGGGAAUACUCCCCCAGGGAUUUUUGUUGUCAUGAUGAUGAACACCAUCUAUUAUUAACUUGGUAACGAUAAAGCAUGUUAAGUGAAGGCCCCCAUGGUCCAAUCCCCAGUGGAUUUAGCUCAGGACUUCAUGUGUCAUAUAGUCUGACUGUUUUAAGACGAAACUCAGGGUUGUCAUUAAGAGCAGGGAGCUGGGGAUUUUCCCCGGCUACUAAGAGAGUGGCCCCCGGCUACUUUUAUUGGAAAAUAGAAGAAAAAUAGAACCAAAAUAAAUCCUUGGCCGUUUGAUUCCCCGCAUACUUGUUGUAUUUACCCAGCAACUUGAAAUCUUAGUGACAACCCUGGAAACUAAUUUUUGUCAGUAAUGGAAGAUACACAAAAUUGCCAGCAGAAACCAUGCUUUGUCUCAACUUCAAAAUCAAAAGCAUUUUAAUUUUUGGGAAAUGUGGGGCUACAUCAUAGUAGAUGUAGUAAUUAUGGAUCAAUUAAGGUUUCCGAGAAACUGCCCACCUACCCCUCCCCUAACCCAACAUUUUGCCCUAAGUGAGAAGUCUUAAUGUUUACUUAGGGGAGAGGUAGGUGGGCAGUUUCCCAGAAAUUAUCCUAAAUUGAUCUGUAAUUAUGCAGAUUUCCAUAGGUUCUGUGUCAAACAGCAACAGUGAGCAGCUUUUUUUUUUGCCAAAGCAUCAUUAAUAUUUUGGGAACAAAAUUAUCACACCUGUUUUCUUCUAGGAGCACAACAUUUUCAGCACAUUAGAUGGAGAACAGUACGUAUAUACCAGCAUGUAGUUCAUUUUAAAUUAAAUUUUCAUUUUGACAGCAUAAUGUCAGUGGAAGGACUAGUUUAAGUGCCCAAUUAAUUCUUGGAUGUAUGAAUUAAGCAAAGGAACGAACUUUCGGCAGGCACUUUGAAAUGCAAAUGUGUUACUCAGUCACUCACUAUUGAGCAGGCACUUUUUAAUUGGUGGUACAGUAUUAUUUUAUAGUCUGCCCCAAAUAAAAGGACCUCAGCUAGGACCUCAGCUGUGAGAUAUCAAAACAACAACAAUUGAUUGUUGUAGUCAUCAAUCGAAUGUCCGUCAGAGGGAACGGAUGGUAGUCUAAUGAAGAAAGCAAUCUACAUGUACCCUAAACCAGUUCAACAAUUAACAGGAAGUUUUUGAAACAGAGCAUAUAUUUAGUAACAUGAUGUUUGGAGGGUCACUGUAAAAAAGCAAAUACCUUUACUUGAGGAUAUACAAAGAGUGUGUUGCUGUGUGUUUCUUUCUUUGAAAGGUAGUCAGUGUUGACAAGCAUUAAAGUCUUCUUUCAGGUCACUUAAUGGUAGCAGGAGUUUUCUAAACUAACUAUCCAAGGAUGAGUUCCUUGAGUUUAUCCUUAUUUAUUUUCUUUUCAUAACUUACAACUUAAUGGUGUUCAUCCUUUCUUUUAUCAGCAUUGCCCAGGUAAUAGUGACCACGUGGGAUGGCAUUCUGCACAAGCUCCUUCUUCCAGUUGUCUUUGAUGCAGAAGAGCUUCUGUCGGCGCUUAGUGGAAAGGUACAUUUACAAAGAAAAGGAUUUGCCGCUUGUCCCACAUGCAAGCUUCAACAAUCCUCCAUGGAAAUCUGGACAGUAACUGACAGUGGAAUUGGUAAUUUCUCUCAGAGAUGAUUUUAAAUUUUAUAUUUGUAUAAUUAAGGUAGUUUCCCACACAGCUGUUGUAUCUUGUCAUGCUGGAGGGGAGGAGGAGGGGAAGAGCAUUGCAUGGCAGGACAAAACCGGCUGUGUGGCAGACUGGAGUUAAGGUGGCUUGCCAUGGUUUCCAACAUUUUUAGCACUUCUGCCUCUAUUGAUCAAAUUAUUGAAUAAAAGUGACACUUUUUCAGUUUCAGUUUUUCAGUAACAAGAAAUUGCCCAGUGUAAUUGUAAAACACGUUUUUUUUACUUUAGUUUAAAGUUUUUGUAGAAGCAGUAGAAAACUUGCCGUAAUUUUAUGUAACCGACUUUUUUCCCCAAGUUUCCCUCAAAUCGGUUCACUUGAAGCUUCUGUUUUCUCUUCUUAGCAGUUAGGCAGUGAUUUUUGUCUUAAGAUAAGCUUUUCAUCCAUAUGUGUUCACAAUAUUGGCGCUGUAAUUUACUGCUAGAGCUUCUCACAUUUCAGGAAAGAAAUUGGACCAUAAGCGUGAUGCAUUAGAUGUUUCAAUACAUGGACGACACUUUUAUCUCUUGGUGCACAAUUACAAGGUACAAUGUUUGUCUUUUUGAGAAGUGUUGACAUGUUUGCGGCUUGUCAGGACAAGUCCUUCGAUUUCUCAAGUAGAACACUAGCAAUAUGCUACGUCUUCCCAUGGAUACGAAGAUGAUUUUAGUAUAUCAAGAGUUUUAACACCAGUUUUAUAUUCCAUGAGAUGACUAGGACAAGUUGCUAAUAGUAACUCCACCUGUUUUAUUGGUAAUGAAGUAGCCUUGUGAUACAAGGCUAACUUGUUUGUAAGCAAGCAAGCAAAAACAUUAAUUUUGUGGAAUAAUAGUUUGCAGGAAGUAAAGAGGAGAAGUGGGACGUCACGUUACCAUGCUAGCACUAUUUCUGGAUGACAACCAACGACGACGGCGACGGCAAGGAGAACGGCUAAAAAUAAUACGUUUAUAUUAACAAACAACAACUUUGCACGUGCAUCACGCUAUUUUGUACAUUUCUUUGCCGUCGUUGCACUACUACGACAUGAAACUUCCUAAUUUCACGAGCCCGCUUUAAGGAGUAGGUAAACACAACCACAAAAAUUGUCGCUUUCUUUUUCUAAACUUAGAUAACGAUCGAUACUGUCCCAAAGAAAAUUUUGCCAAGAUUUGCCAAAUUAAAUGAAGUUGAAUAAGAUCGGUGAAGUUUGAAAUAGUGCGAAUAGACUUUAAAGUGACUUUAUCGGUUUGUUGUCAUCCAAAAAUUUUGCUACCCUGGCAACGUGACGUAACGACUUCUCCUCUCUAUUCCAGCCAGAUUUAGCGCCAACCAUCCCCCAUUUCUGCAAACCCCCACUCCUGACCAGCAACUGAGCCACAGUACUCGUCAAAAGUCUUGACUGACACUUGUGUGUCGUUUUCCCCUUCCCCAAAUUUUAUUUGGAUAUUACAGUCGUCUCGGUGCUCCAAAGUACGCGUGGCUCAAAAUUGCGGAAGGAGAGGGGCACAUUUUAGUGAGAACAAAGGUGCAAAGAGUGAAUGUAGGAAAUUUUGGAGAAAAUUCAAACGGUGUCUGUUUCGAGUAUUGAAGGUAACCAGGGUGUGGUUCCGACCAAACGGAAGUAUCUAUUUGUGAAGAUUACUCGAGAGAGAUUUAAUAAAUGUUUUGCACAUUACAAGCAGAAAACAUCUGAGUGUCCGGUGAGAAAGAAACGGUUUGGGACUCACUCACUGAUUUUAUUUCCGUUCUAUGCAGCUGCUGAUAGUACACUUUGAAGAUGGCACAUUUCAAGUUCUUCCUUGUUUGGUUUCCUUAAGAGCAAAGGAGGUACACAUGUAUAAUGUCACUCUUUUCCAACUGCGAAUUCUUGUAAUUUCUAUAGUGAUCAAGUUUCCUUCAUUUGCUUACCUUACUAUUCUAAAUAUUACGCCUUUUGUUUCACAUACCGUAAAAUUCCGAAAAUAAGCCCCUCCAAAUAUAAGCCCCCCGGGGGCUUGUACUUGGAUAAUUGCCCUCAAAUACAAAGUAAAGCAAAGCCAAAACGGUAAAUUUACUUCCAACUAUAAGGCUAGCACAAUCGAUUUUGAAACGCAAAUUUCCCUCAGUAGAUAAGCCCCUCAAAAAGGACCUUUGAAAAAUAUAAGCCCCCGGGAUUAUUUUCGGAAUUUUACGGUGAUAGGCCAUUUCCGAGUUGCCCAAGACCUUUUUUUAGUUCAAAGCGAGGCUAACUGCGAAGUCAUUGAUAUGAAAAGGAUUUUUAUUCUCAUGCUGAAGGAACUCAUUACCAUAAGAAAGCUUUUGCACUUAGCCUCGUUUUGAAAAUGAGGGUUUUGCGAGAGGAAUAAUUGUUUUAGUAAAAUCCAACUAUCAAAAAUAUCGAGGCAAAACAACUUUAGCUAGCUAAAGAUACACUUAAAUCAUUUUCUGCCCGCCAAAUUGCCGGUGCUUUUCGCUACUAGUGGGCUAUAACAUAUAGCCUAGUAGUAGCUCAACCAAUCAGAGCGCAGCAUUGAUGACAGACCACUAGUUGGAUUUUACUAAUACAGUCAACUCUCUCUAAGACGGACACCUUUAGGACCGGCGCUAAGUGUUCGUCUUAGAGAGGUGUCCGUCUUAUAGAGAGCCAAAUAAAGGGAAUAAAGAAAGGCAGGGACCAACUCUAGGUGUCCGUUUUACAGAGGUGUCCGUUAAAAGAGAGUCGACUGUAUACCAUAGUUUCUCUCUUUUCUAUUUGUAAAAUUCUCAUUUAUUUACCAGUAAAUGUGACAAUGUAUUUCCUUCUUCUCGCUUGUACUGUAGGUUCCCUAUCUUCCAGUCUUUGCUGACAAGCUGUCAUCUCUUGGUUUAAGUAAUUUUGGUCUGUUUCUUAUUAGCGAUUCAGGGACAGGUAAGUAAGUAAUGAACACAUUCACCAAUAAGCGGGAAAGGUAGCUAAGGUAGCUAAACACUGGCAGACUAGAUCGCAUACCGCAUUUUACUCGAGUAAGCGCCGCCCUCGAAUAGGCCACGCAUUUGGGAGAAAAAAGCUAAUAAAGGCCAUCCCUGAAUAAGUGUGUGUAAAGCGCGAGUCUCCUUUCUACCCUUACCCCCGCGCUUUUUUGCACGCUACUUGUCGCGUAUCUCCUAUCUAUCUCGUGUCGCUGUACGCGUAGGUUUUUAUAUCGUAAUAACUAUUAAUCUUUUUUGACUGGUACUUUUUCCUUUCUAGCUUUCCCCUUCGACCCAGAGGAACAACCUUUGAAACACUCAUUUCAAGGUGAUCACAUAUGUACCAUGGGUCAUAAUCCUGUCACAAUGAGUUGCAAUACUUUAUUUAAUAGAUUAAAUUUAAAAAAGGUAAAGAGAAGUCUGCGUUCGAGCCAAGUGGCCCUUCAGGGCGGACCCUAUCCGGCUUUCAAACAGGAAUAUUAAUUUAGGCUGAUUUAUCAACAGAACGGGAACGUCAGUUGACGACGGGAAAGCGCACGGAAAGGACUAAAAGCGACUUUCGGUGCCCAAUUUGCCGCUCUGCCAUUGGUCAAGCCAGUUGUUUGAUGUGCGCGCGCCAUCGUCAGCUGACGUUCCUAUUCUGUUGCUGAAUCAGCCUAAUAGCGAGUUGAAGCAAAGAAGUUUUUGAGCAACGCAUGUCAACGGGAAGUGGACUUUUUGCGAUAUUCGCCGGUUGUUUCGCCUAAAUUUUUGGACAAGUCGUCUCUAUAAGGGCAAUGACACUAUGCAUUACGAAUUUGGAAGGAUCAAGAUAAAUUAAAAGAAAAACGCCUCACAGUUGACGUGUGUCACUCAAAAACGCCUUUGCUUAAACUCCUUGUUGCUACUAUCCCAUGCCCGGAAGCUAGUCCAUGCGGGGUUCUUGCAAGCACUAAAUUCGCUCGGCUGGUGCCUAUUGAUGCCCGUAGGUGGAGUGAGGCACUCUGAGCGCAAAGUAUCCUACCCCAGGAACACAACACAAUGACCCUGGCCAGGGUUCGAGCCUGAAUCUCUUGGCGGAGUCCAUUACGUUAACAACAAGGCUACCUCGAUUCUCUCUCAAUAUAAUAAUGCAAUUUCAACACUCGAGUACAUCAUUUUGUAACCAAUAAAACAUAGCGCUUAUUAAAUUCAGGUUGAAAGGGGCCAUGUCACGCUGUUUAUCAUCAUUUUAAAAAGCUGUCUUAGUGUCAAGAAGCUGGAGUUGCUCUCGGCGUACUCUUACGCUUCUCUCGUGCUCUCCAAACUUCCCGCGUGCAGCCAUAACUCGAUAUACGCACGCUAACAGUUGAUAAUGAAGUGUCUGCUCUAGCGAGGUUGACUUUCUACGAAAAUCUGUUCAUUGGGCAAGAAAUAAGUGUCCGUUGUCAGCAUUAAUCGGGUUGAAUGUAUUAAGCGGGUGUUCGUAAUACGGGGUUCGACUGUGGUUUUGUUCACUUUCAUUUUAUAUUUCCCUUCUCGAACUGUUUAGGGAGAUUCCUUCUGAAAGAAAGAGUGUUAACUGCUUCCUCGCCUGUGUCUCCCAGUGGUUUGGAUAUACAAAUACAGCAGGUACGUGGCUUAGCUCCUCUCAUGAGUUCAAUCAAUCAUUUCUUUAAAAACGAGACAUAGUGAUUCUAAAAAGAAGGCUCGUUACAAGAAUGCUCGUGUUUCUAUAGCAAUAACUUAAAUCUAACUAAAAAUGAAGAACAUUAACUAUCUAUGCUAUUUAACAACUCGGAAAACUAACUCAAUAGAGCAGAUAUUGCAGCGACAUUCGUCUUGGUCCAGGUUCAGUUUUUUGAGCUUGCUAACGAAAUUCUUAGGAUCGGAGGCCUCCCUAAAAUGUCACCAUUCAAGCCAUGCUCCUUAACAAUUACGAACAGUUUAUUGUAAAGUGGUUUUUAAGAAAGUGUUUAAAAAGUAUAGAGUACUUUUGUGACUAUUCUUGCUUUCGUGAAUGGCAUCACCGCACUUUGCGAUUGGUUCAAAAUUCGCGCGCCAUUUUUUCAACUAAUUGGAAGUAACACCAUAUUAAACACUUUCAGCUUGCUUACAUGCUUUUCGUGGGAUAUUCUUCGAAAACGUGUAUUAAGAGGGGUUCAUUUGAUUACUAACUCGGAAUGUGAUUGGCGGACCUAACAAAUUUUUAAUCGCUAUCACUUUGCAACCCGGGUAGAAAGAUGAACCGUGGGUAUCGAUCGUGUUUUCAAUGUAAAACAAAAGGCGGUCCCGAAGGAUAGAAGGGUUUGCUGGGAUUGCCUGCGUCGCAGACACUCUGAACCUUCUGUAUAGAGCGUCUGCGAAUUUGUGCACAUUAUCCUGUUCGAAUCCUGCAGAGUCGCAAGGACAUAUGUAGGCGUUUUGAUUGGCUUUUUCUUACGCUGUUUGUGAUGAGUCCGAUGUGAAUUAAGUGUUGACAGGCCAAACGCGACUAAUAGCUCGUAACAAGAGACGGAUUGAGCUUGUAAUAGUGUGAAACGUGACCUUAGAGUCAGCUUGAACGAUAGAGGUUUUUCUUGCUCUCUGUUUGCGUAGUUUAUGCAGUGCAUGGAGUAUUUGCCGCUUUGAGUCCCACAUUUAGAGGUUAUGAAGCUGGUCUGUUCCAUGCAUAUUGAGUAAUUAGUUACUGUGGUUUAUGUUUCGGCAAAUGUUUUCUGACAGGAUUUGAUCGUGGAUGCAGUUUCUGUGGCUAAAUAACCUUCUCUUUGGUUUUAUCCUAAAUGCCUGGACUUGAAUAGCUACAUGUGUGUAGUUUUUUUUUGGCCGUGAAUAUCAUGAUUUGCUACUUUGUUUUGACGCUAGAACUGCUCUUUCAUUGUUUACUGUAAACGAUCCUUGCCAACUCCCUUCUAUGAAUUUUGACACGUCACUGUGCUCAGGCGUCACGCAGAUGUAAGAAUUAGGCCAAUCGUGAGGCGCAUAAGAAACCCGUAAGAAACCCGCCUAUCAGAAACGCUCACAUAUGUUAUAGUCUUCGCGACUAUGCAGGAUAUAAGAACGAGCUUUUGUUCACUAAUUCGCAGACGGACUAUAUUGAUGGUUUAGACGAGUGCGUGGGCCGGCUGCAACACAGGCCAAUGAACUGAGAUCCAGCGUUGAGCUAAUUAUAUAUGUAGGGCUACCAAUUCCAGAUUUCGUUUGUGUUGCAUCAUGUUGUUAGCCGCUACUGCUAUCCAUUCUGAAAAGUUGGGAAUCUAGUAUUUUUUGUAUGAUAACUUGAUUUUAAUUGUAAAUAGCUCUUUGGCAUACAUGUACCUGUGAGUUAGCUGGUGAAGUUUUCUUUUUUAACUAACCCAUGUAGCUAAGAGUAUGCGCCACUUGAAAUAAAGCAUCUUAUCUUAUCUUAUGCAUCAAGGCGUGCAAUUUAAACAGUUUGAGGAAUGGCUUCAAGGCUUCGCCUUGAAAGGUUUGGUUUCAGUUAAAAGGCCUUACAUAGUCAAUUGCUACUAAACUUCCCUGAGACAACUCCCAGAAUGGCGGAAUACUGUUGGAAUUUGAGACCGUUGCUUAUUAUAGAAACUACUCAUUUUAUUGAAAGAAUCCUUUUUUUACCUUGUUCUUUUUCAGCGGAAAAAAGUACUGCAGAACGUGAAGAAUAUGAAAGCGUUGAAAAAACUGGAGCGACAACAGUGUAAGCAAAAUAGUGCAUUCCCUUUGAAAAAAACAAAGGAAACAGCGCUCAACCUAUCUGGAGAUCUGAUGUUCCACUUUGACCAUUACGACGUGACUGAUGAUCAAAACGAACCUCAAGUAAACAGAACUAAACACACAACUCAAAAUGGAGAUUCGCACAUAUGUAGCUCGGUGGAUUUUAAUUCAGUUGGACAAGUGAACAGAGAGACCACUGACAUUGGCAAUUCAUCUGAUAUGUCUCAAAAACUAAGCGCUUCUCGUUUGCCACAAAUGUUGAGUGACCCAGUGCUCAUAGAAUCUUUGGAGCUACCAAAGAGCCCUCCUAAAAUGGAGUUUCCACACGGGAAGAUGAACGAAAGCAUGAAAAAGGAACACAGUUACCAAUCUGUACGUGAAAGUUUGUGUAAAGAUGAUUGUACAUUGCCAAUGAGAAUCGGAGGUGAGCCGUCCUUAACCGAUGGUGGGUGUGUGGAAUCUAUUGUUACUGUAGAAGGCUUAACUAUAAAAGGCAAAGAAACAAACGUUCAAACUCUUGAUGUGGCAAACGGUGAAUGUGUGAACCACCAAAACAGCGAACCUACAAACGAAGAAAAUGUUUCGUUCGAAAGGCACACCUCUGUCAUUAAGGAAGAUACUAUUGCGGUAACAAAUGAUACCAGUGGAGGUGAGUCGAUCAGAAAUCAUUGCUUUGAGCGAAUUGGUGGAGGUACUACGCCACAGUAUACAAUCAAAGGGGAAACACUUACCGAAUGCCAUCUUCCGGAUGACAAAACUGUGGCAGCAAACACUAGCAGCGACGAUGGCGCGUCUGUCGAAAGCUACUUCUCUGCGGAAGGAGACGAGAUAUCUUCGCAAAAUGUGGGCAAUAAUAGCCUGGCAGGUGCAGCAUGUAAUGAUAGCAACCCAGCUUUAGCUCACAAGACCUUAUCGCACAAAGCGAUUAAUGCAAACCUAGGAAGACCAACAGGCAGCAUUGACGUCCAGAACGUUUGUAAGGAGCGACCGCACCUUGUGAUCCACCAGUGUGACUACACCAUUGUUGGUUCUCCUCGCGUUCUGGAGCUCGUGUUGAAAGUUUGUUCGGGUAGGAAAAUGGACGAAGAGGAAGUAGGCGAAGCAAAUACGUUUACAAAAAUUUGCCUUUCCGGUUGGCAUUUGCAAUGCGAGAAUGGGACUUGGUCUAUGGUAGAACGGGGCCGAGUCCCCUCGUUCAUCAAUGAGAGUGCUUCUUCUACUGUCAAAGUUCAAUUAACCCAAAAUCUUAAAGCAUUGUUUCAUAAAGAGGAGAAAUUAUGGACAGUAGUAGAGAAUGACCAUGUUGUCUAUGGUACUUUGGCUUUAACAGGUCCAGUGGAGGACCAAACUCUCAAUAGCGCAAUAACGAAAGAAACACGGCCCGAAAACCUACGAAGCGGAUCCAACUCUAUCCUGGAUGUAUUUUUAUUGAAAGGUGAACCCCAAGGUGAUGCUACUUUUCACAGCGAAUCCGAAAACGUAAAUCAAAAGCAAUCUUUGCCUGUUACAUCGAAUAUCCCGGAUGAAUCCUCAAGAGAACAAAAAGGUGGGCACUCUGAAACCAACUACGAUGCCACUCACGUUUUCGAAAGCAGAGAAGGAAAAAACAAGCCUGAAACACAUCCCAGAUUAGGUUUGUCUAAAUCGAACUCAAAACACUCCCCGGAAGAUGCCUUGCGUGCCGCCAUCCAAGGGAUUUUCGAUCAAAUGUCCAAGUUCGGUGGAACGCCGGAGGAAGCACUUGAUGAUAGCAAACAUAAAGACAUUGUUGAAGGUGCUUGUGAACCACUGUGCAAGGCUCUCUGGAAUAUACUAUCAGUAGGGUUACGGAGAAAGAACUUUCUUCGGAAAUACACACUGUGGAAUGUGGUGGAAAAUUUCAAAGAUAUUUCCAGUCACGUGACUAAGAUUGUAUCCUGGGUUAACAAAAGGUACGUAUUUCUUAGUGAACCUCAAAAGUUCCAAGCGUUUGUUUGCGAAUGCCUCAACAUUGGUCAUGGGACACUACAUCGGUGGCUGGAUAGUUUUCUAAGACAAAAGGAAAGACUUGGUAACUAUUAUGGUGAAACCGCUCUAGUGUUUCAGCUGCCCCCCGCAACUCUGGACGAACUUGUGGUUGAUUUAUCAAGAGUUAGUUCUUUACCAUUCCAACUUCAUUCUGAAAGUUGGAUAAAGAGGCACCAUCACGACCAAGAUAGCCUAGCUUUUGCGUUUGAAUAA